AUGAGGCUCCUCGACGCACUCUCCUGGUUGCUCCCACUGCUGCUGCUGCUGCAGGCGGCAGCGGUGCGGGCAUCCGGCGUGAAAAGAAGCCAACCGGCGAACGGGACGACUCUUCCCUCCACCACCACGCUUGCCGGUUGUCAGAAGAGCUGUGGGAACGUGAGCUUGGAGUACCCAUUCGGCAUCGGACCUGGCUGCUUCCGGUCGCAAGACUUUGAGCUCAUCUGCAAUAAUCACACUUCCUCGCAUGCUCCCAUGCUCUUCCUGCACGACGGCAUCACGGAGGUCGCCCAGGAUAAUGAGUAUAUCGACAUCGACAUCAGCCGAUAUAUUAAGGUAUCGUUUUCCCGCUCCAUCUCCUUGAGACCUGAGGUCGAUGUGUACAACCUGUCCUGGAAUCUUGGGAGAUCCUUCAGCAUCUUUUCUUUGCAACUAAACUUCACCGGUUGCGACUUCGACAUGCACGUGUUUGACAAGAACGAUAUGGUGAGACACCCCCACUCCUUCGCGACUGCUGCCGCCUUGGAGAUCAAGUUUGUCCGCCAAAAGAUUGGAGAACCAAAAUUCGAAGAGCACAAUAAUAACCAAAGCUCCAUAUGGGAUUCAAUUGAUGUUACCGCUGAUGUCGGUAUUACCUGCGGCAUCGUCGUUGAUCAACCCGGCCCUGCUAGCACCUUCCGCCACAGGACAGAUUAUGCAUGUCUUGGCAACCAUAGCCGUGAUUACACUCACGAUGGAUCAGACGACAACAGUUAUUAUUAUUGUACUUGCGAAGAUGGUUACAGAGGCAAUGCAUACAUAACUGAUGGAUGUUCACGUGACAGAGGGUAUGAUCCUUUACAAUGGAAGACCAAUUGCUCUAGAUGGUGUGGGAACAUCAGUAUUCCUUUCCCAUUCGGCCUAGAAGACGGUUGUUCUGCAAGGAUGUCGUUUCAGCUCAAUUGUACAAAUUCGACACUGUAUGCCUACUCCAGUACUCCAUUAGACUACAACAUCCUAGUAAACUAUAUAGAUAUCAACAAUGGGAUAUUGAAGGUCAAAUACAACUCAUACAUGGAAGAAAGUCUCUCGUUGCAGAUGGAGGAAGAUGUUGCCCUCUAUGUUGCAUCUGGGGAAUCAGCAUCUCAACAGUGGGCCGUAGCCAAUUUAACGUGCCAGGAAGCACGGCAAAACAGGACGGGGUAUGCAUGUGUUAGCAUGAAUAGCACGUGCUUGGAUGUCCACUCCGCACGAGAAUAUGUUGGUUACCGUUGCAAGUGUAUCUCCGGCUUUGAUGGGAAUCCAUAUAUCACGGACGGGUGUCAAGAUAUUAACGAGUGCAACAUACCGGGAACAUGUAAUGGGAUUUGCCAUAACACUCAAGGAAAUCAUUAUUGCAUCGAAUGUCCUACAAACACAGUUUAUGACAGUGCAACAAGGAGGUGCAGAUCGACCAAAGAACAAAAUCUGGUCCUAGGUAUUUCCAUUGGGAUUAGCGUUGGUUUUGGAAUUCUACUUUUCAUCUUGAUUGUAAUAUUUUUCAUCCGUAGAUGGAAAAAAUACAUCCAAAAGAAACUACGAAGAAAGCACUUUCGGCAGAAUCAAGGUCUACUCCUCGAACAAUUGAUAUCAUCUGAUGAAAAUGCGAGUGACAACACCAAGAUUUUCUCAUUAUCAGAGUUAGAAAAGGCAACAAAUAACUUUGAUGCCACACGAAUUGUUGGUCAUGGAGGACAUGGCAUGGUUUAUAAAGGCAUAUUAUUUGACCAACGGGUAGUGGCCAUAAAGAAGUCUAAAGUCAUUGAGCAAAUUGAGAUUAGUCAGUUCAUCAAUGAGGUUGCCAUCCUCUCACAGAUAAAUCACCGAAAUAUCGUGAAGCUCUUCGGAUGUUGUCUUGAGACUGAAGUCCCACUGCUAGUAUAUGACUUCAUCCCAAAUGGUUCGUUAUUUGGAAUCCUCCAUGCCGAUACCACUAGCAGUUUUGUUCUGUCAUGGGAUGAUUGUUUGAAAAUUGCAGCAGAAGCUGCAGGAGCACUCUAUUACCUCCACUCGGCUGCUUCUGUAUCGAUAUUUCAUCGUGAUGUGAAGUCCACUAACAUACUCUUGGAUGGAAAUUACACCGCGAAAGUAUCGGACUUUGGUGCUUCAAGGUUGGUUCCUAUUAACCAAACUCAUGUCGUUACGAAUAUACAAGGCACCUUUGGGUACCUGGAUCCAGAGUAUUACCACACGGGCAUGUUAAAUGAGAAGAGUGAUGUCUAUAGCUUUGGUGUAGUACUUGUAGAGUUGUUGUUGAGAAAGGAGCCUAUUUUUACAAGUGAUUCUGGCCUAAAGCAAAACUUGUCCAACUACUUUCUUUGGGAGAUGAGGGAGAAACCACUUGCAGAUAUAGUGGCUGCUCAAGUUUUGGAGGAAGCAACAUCUGAAGAGAUUAAUGAUGUCGCUAGUCUUGCAGAGACUUGCCUGCGACUACGAGGUGUAGAAAGGCCUACUAUGAAACAAGUGGAGAUGAAACUGCAGCAUAUCCGAUCCAAAAGGUUAAGAUCAUCUCAGGUUGCAGUAACAAGUGAAGAUAUGCAACCUCUGUUAAGUGUACAAAGACGAGUCAACCUUCCGUUGUUGGGUGUUCAAGAUGGUAUAGUGGAGCGAGCUAAUUUACCUUCUGAAAGGGAGCAAAACUGCUAUAGCCUGGAGCAAGAGUUCAUGGCAUCGGCGACUCUGCCACGGUAGAUCGCUGGAUUGUCUGGUUUUAUCCGUUUCAAGCGCUAGCUGCAUAUUUUCCGUCCUUUGAUGGAUACGGCAAUGUAUACCUUAUAUUGUAUUGUAGUACACUUACACUCAGCAACGGUUUUCACUAUUCAGGUUAUAUGGCCGGCCAGUUUUCGUUGCAUCAAAA